CUUUUGUAAGAUGGUGGCCAUGGCGGAAUCAACCAAUCGGAAGCAAUCCUCUAGGUGCCAAAGAAUCCAAAUUCCUCUCCCAUGGGCCAUGGCCGCUGCCGAGCUCUCCCUACUCCUCACAUUCCAAGCUGCACUGCGUAAACCCCAAUCUACACGUUGAUGAAAUCUCCAAUUUCGUACGUAUUAAUCAGGAAGAAGUGGCGGUAGCAGAUAGAUUGCGUCGGAAUGGGGAACAAGAUCGCCCGGACGACGCAGGCGUCGGCGACGGAGUACUAUCUGCACGAUUUGCCGUCGUCGUACAAUUUGGUACUCAAGGAAGUGCUGGGGAGAGACCGGUUCCUCAAGUCCGUACUCUGCAAGCACGACGAGGGUUUGGUGCUCGUGAAGGUCUACUUCAAGCGCGGCGACUCCGUUGAUUUGAGGGACUACGAGCGUCGUCUCGCUGCCAUUCGAGACACAUUCUCUCGCCUCGAUCAUCCACACGUCUGGCCGUUCCAGUUUUGGCUUGAAACAGAUAAAGCUGCUUAUUUAUUGAGACAAUAUUUCUUUAACAAUCUUCAUGAUCGGUUGAGCACUCGACCUUUCCUCAGUGUUGUUGAAAAGAAAUGGUUGGCGUUUCAGUUGCUUUAUGCUGUGAAGCAGAGUCAUGAGCAUGGAGUCUGCCAUGGUGACAUUAAAUGUGAAAAUGUGCUGGUUACUUCUUGGAACUGGCUCUACCUUGCUGAUUUUGCAUCAUUUAAGCCUACAUAUAUACCAUAUGAUGACCCCUCAGAUUUUUCAUUCUUUUUUGAUACUGGUGGUAGAAGACGCUGUUAUGUUGCACCCGAGAGAUUCUGUGAGAAUGGAGGCGAGAUGCAAGUGGCACAAGAUGCACUCUUGAAGCCUUCUAUGGACAUCUUUUCUGUUGGCUCUGUGAUUGCUGAGCUUUUCCUUGAAGGCCAGCCAUUGUUUGAACUUUCUCAACUCCUUGCUUAUCGAAGAGGACAAUAUGAUCCUACCCAGCAUCUGGAAAAGAUUCCGGAUUCAGGAAUUCGUAAGAUGGUUCAUCAUAUGAUUCAACUGGAUCCAGAGUCUAGAUGCUCUGCUGAGAGCUACCUGCAGAGCUAUGCAGGUGCUGUGUUACCGAGUUACUUCUCACCAUUUCUUCAUAAGUUCUAUUCAUUGUUAAACUCUCUGAGUUCUGAUGCAAGGGUUUUAGCAUGUGAGACCUCUUUCCAGGAAAUACUUAGACAAAUGAUGGGCAACAAGACUGUCAAGGUCAAAAGGGGUCUGAUCUCGGGAAAAGAAUCUUCAUCUGAUGAUGGGAAUCAAUUACCAUCAGGGGCAUAUUCGAAGCAAGACUCUAAUAAGGCAGAAAAUUCUUUGAGCAAAGGAGAAGAGACAAAUGAAAGAUCCAGUCACGAACAAUUUGAUCUUCUUGGUAAUGUUAAUUCACUGCUCAGGGAUGUGGAGCAGAGCAAUAGAAAUUUUGGUAUGAAGUCUUUGCCAACUAGUGUGGCCAAUACAUAUGCCCACAAUCACCAUCAAUCUGGACUGAAAACUCUUAGUGAGCUGAUGCAAGAUAUCGCUGAUACAUUCCAGCGAAAUCACCAUCCUUUCCUGAAAAAGAUUGCAACGACUGACUUGAGCUUAUUGCUAUCUGAUUACAACAAUCAAGCGGACACACUUGGGAUGCCGUUAUUACCUGUACCUCAGGAUAUAUUGAGCUGCGAUGGUAUGGUUUUAAUCGCCUCGCUUCUUUGUUCCUGCAUCCGCAAUGUCAAGGUACCUUUCAUAAGGAGGACUGCUGUACUUCUGUUAAAAUCUUGCUCUCUGUACAUCGAUGACGAAGAUAGACUGCAGCGAAUCCUUCCUUAUGUUAUAGCAUUACUUUCAGAUCCCGCUGCCAUUGUCCGAUGUGCUGCUUUAGAGACAUUGUGCGACAUUCUUCCUUUAGUAAGAGAUUUUCCUCCAAGUGAUGCCAAAAUUUUUCCAGAGUAUAUUCUUCCAAUGCUUUCCAUGCUUCCUGACGAUUCCGAGGAAAGUGUGAGGAUCUGCUAUGCCAGCAACAUCUCUAAGCUUGCUCUGACUGCCUAUGAGUUCUUAAUUCACUCCAUAAGCUUGACUGAGGCAGGAGUUCUUAACGAGACUAACAUAUCCCGUAAGUUACAGACACCAACCGCCGACACUUCUGGAGACCCGCAGAGGGUAAAUAGUGAUGCUCAGCUCGCACAGUUGAGAAAAUCUGUUGCGGAGGUGAUUCAAGAUCUUGUCAUGGGUCCAAAGCAAACGCCGAACAUUAGGAGAGCACUUCUGCACGACAUUGGCAACCUUUGUUGGUUUUUCGGAAAGAGACAGAGCAAUGACUUUUUGCUACCUAUCCUCCCUGCUUUUUUAAAUGAUCGGGAUGAACAGCUCAGGGCUGUAUUUUAUGGGCAGAUAAUAUAUGUUUGUUUAUUUGUGGGGCAACGAAGUGUAGAGGAAUACCUCUGGCCUUACAUCGAGCAGGCGCUAAAUGAUAUGAUUGAGUCGGUAAUUGCAUAUGCCUUGGAUUGCUUGGCUAUUCUGUGCAGAAGUGGUUUCCUGAGGAAGAGAAUUCUGCUCGAGAUUAUAGACCGUGCUUUUCCUUUGCUCAUUUAUCCCAGUAAUUGGGUAAGAAGGUCCGUCGUAACAUUUAUUGUGGCUAGCAGUGAUAAAUUAGGUGCAGUUGAUUCUUUAGUAUUUCUGGUGCCGGUAAUUUGUCCCUUAUUACGGAGACGACCUGCAUCUUUAGCGUCAGAAAGAGCUCUUCUCGGAUGUCUUAAGCCACCAAUCUCCAAGGAACUAUAUCAUCAAGUUUCGGAGAAUGCUCGAAGCUCAGAUAUGCUGGAGAGGCAGAGAAAAAUUUGGUAUAAUACAUCAUCUCAGUCUAAAUGGUUUGAUGAUGUAGACUUGCUUCAGAGAACUGUUGGGGAGUUUGAUCCGAAGUUUAGGUCUGAUGGACAAAAUGAAAAUGACCAUACGAGCAUCAGAGUUGAGCAUUUGGACUCGACUAAUUCCCAUGAUGAUGGCCGAAGGCUCAAAACUAUAGGAAACUUGUCAAAAAGUGCAAUAGGUCAACCGGACAUUCGUGAUCAUAUUGCCUCGGAAAAGUCUCAACUAUCUGGAUUUAUGUCCCCACAAAUGAGUUUCAUGAACGGCUUUGUCGAUAAGUCAUCAGAAAGCAUACCUUUGUACUACUUCAAGGUUGAAAAUAAGCGUACUUCUGGCUCCGUUCCAGCUGCUUCCGAUUCUUCAGUUCCGUAUAAUUCCUUAGGUUUCAGCACAUCCUCCUUGUCUUUGAUGGAUCCUGCAAAUAAGUCAUUUAGUUUGGCGAGUUCCAUACCAUCUCCAAGGCUCGUGCCGGGGUCAGUUUAUGCCGGCAACACCCCUGCACUAUUGAGAAGAGUUAUACACCAAGUAGAAGACCGAGGAACUGAAGAUGAACCUGACAGAUUGAAAGGGAAUUCUCUCACAAUGGAUGAUAACUGCUCAUCAUCCGAGUCAGCGGAGUUGUCAUCGCUGGCAAGGUCAACCAUUCCCGAUUCAGGGUGGAGGCCUCAUGGGGUACUUGUUGCAAAUCUCCACGAGCACAAAGCCGCUGUCCGUGAUAUCUCCAUUUCAAUGGACCAGCAGUUCUUUGUCAGUGCUUCUGAGGACUCGACAGUGAAGAUAUGGGAUUGCAAGAGGCUGGAGAAGGACAUUUCGUUUCGAUCUAGGCUAACGUAUUCAUUAAAUGGAAAUCAAGCAAUGUGUGUUGCAGUGCUUCAAGGUUCUUCCCAAGUUGUUGUCGGGGGAAGUGAUGGGACCAUGCACACUUUCUCCGUAGAUCACAUCUCGAGAGGACUCGGCAAUGUCGUUGAAAAUUACUCCGGCAUUGCUGACGUGAAGAAGAACAGCUUUGGGGAAGGUGCGAUUCUAAGCCUUUUAAACUAUUUUUCCGAAGGUAACACUAGCAAGAUUAUUCUUUUUAGUACCCAGAAUUGUGGGAUUCACCUCUGGGAUACGAGAACAAGUUCCAACGGUUGGAACUCAAAAGUUUCUCCCGGAGAGGGUUAUAUAUCUAGUCUGGUGGCUGAUCCGUGCGGCAACUGGUUUGUGUCGGGAUCCUCUAGAGGUGUGCUUACCUUGUGGGAUCUCAGAUUCUGCAUCCCGGUUAAUUCGUGGAAGUAUUCUCUCGCAUGCCCCGUCAAAAAGAUGUGUCUUUUUGUCCCUCCUCCCGGUACUCCCUUAUCGACUACCUCAAGGCCCCUCGUCUACGUAGCAGCGGGAUUUAAUGAAGUUUCUCUCUGGGAUGCUGAAAAUGGGUGCUGUCACCAGGUAUUGAGAGCAACAAACAACGAGUCUGAUUCUGAAAAUGGUAACUCGUCGUCACCUUGGGCCUUAGCCAGAUCGUCUGGUAAGGGCAACGCUAAGUCAGACACGAAGCGAAGUAUUUUAAAUUCCAUGUACAGAAUCGAUGAGCUGAACGAACCUUCCUCUCGUAUCCCUGGAAUCCGCGCAUUACUUCCGCUACCCGGCGGUGAUCUAUUGACUGGUGGAACCGACUUGAAAAUACGUCGAUGGGAUCACUGCAGCCCUGAGCGGAGCUAUUGCGUUUGUGGACCGUCUGUGAAAGGAGAUGAUUUCUACGAGACAAAAUCUAGCUCUGGAGUACAAGUUGUCCAGGAAUGUAAAAGACUGUCGCCUCGGCUGACCCGAAAGGAGAUUCUUACUGCUGCUGCUGCUGGGGGGUGCCAUUGCGAUACGGUGCUCUCGUUGGCUUCGGUAAAACUGAACCAGAGACUGCUCGUAUCGAGCAGUCGAGACGGCGCCGUAAAGGUCUGGAAGUAAGGUACCAUAUAAGAAUAACAUACGUUUAUUGUGUGCAUAUGGUAUUUGUUUUGAUGAUAUGAGAUCUAACUAACAACAUACAUAUGAUAUGAAAUUUUAUGCAAAUUAAGGUAGAAGAUAGAUAGAUUGGUGAGAAAUUUAGGUUUUUCUUUUUUUUUUUUUUAAUUUAUUGCUAAAUUAGUUUUGCAGUUUUUGGUUCAAGUAGUAAAGUUGCAUCUGUUAUAUAAUAUGAUGAUCAAAUCUACAAAUCGUUUGGGGGGAAAUGUAAAUCAGAAGAAAUUACAUGUA